GCAUAGCAUUCAACUCGACGAGCUCUCUUGUGCUCGCUUUCUCACCCCCGCUCCCCGCCUCUCCCUGGCUCGCGCAUUUGAAGCUUAAAACCUUGAGCCGGACGGCACAGCAAAGCAGACGUUUGGUGACGAGAGGUUGUGCUUUCGGCGCAUUGUUUUUGAUCGGCGCUCGCCUUGUUAUUGUCACCAUCACCAUGUCGGACAGUCGCGAGGUCGUGCUGCAAAAGGCUGCGACGCAGGGGUACGGCUUUAACGUGUCUCGCAAUGUCAUUACCAAGGUCAAGCCAGGCUCCCCGGCGGAGGUGGCCGGCCUUGUUGAUGGCUUUCGCAUCCUCUCCAUCAAUGGACAAGACACGUCGGGCAUGGCCCACACCAAGCUCGUGGCCAUGGUCGGGCAGGCCAAGACCGAGCUCACGCUCGUUGUAUCGGAGGCACCAUCCCAGCAAUCGUCUCGCAUGGCCUCAACGUCGGUGCGAGCAUCGCAACCACGCGUGUCUGUGGGUUCGCUCAACGCCUUUUCAUCGAAUCCCUCGUCACCUGUCACCACAGCUGCGGCUGCAACGACGUCGGCGCCCGUAGCUGAGCCGCCCACCGUUGUUGCCUCAAAGCCGCCACCCACGGCCAUUGCCCCCGUGACCCAGCAUGCAGAGUCAGCGCCAGCCCCUGAGGCCACCCCCGUGGCUGCAGAAGGCGCCGUUGACCAAAGCGGUCUUGACUUGGAAUCGACAGGCCUUCGUCAUGUGGCAAUGCCUGAAGAGCACAAGCCCGUCUCGGCUCCCAAGGAGGUGGAAACCCCAUCCACCUCAGACAUGGGCCUACGCCCCAUGCAACCUCGCGUGCCUGCGGCAUCCGCAGCAACUGUGGCCCCACCCGCACCCAAGGUGGCGCCAGCCCGACCCGCACCCCCGACAACUGCUCCAGCUCGCCCUCCGCCGCCAACGACGGCCCCAUCAUCUUCGGCAUCUGCCGCCCCCAAUGCCACUCCAAAGGCGGCCCCAUCCAACAUGGCUGGGGACAUUACCCGGGCCAUCAAGGCUGCAGCUCGGCGGCAAUCGGAGCCACAGGCCGUCCCUGAGCCAUCAUCCUCGGGCUCGCGGGUGCGCGCUCAACCCGGCCUUACCUUUAGCGAGCCCUUUAUGCGCAACGGCAAGCAGGUUGUGACCAAAACAGAUGCGCAGGUGCACGACUGCCACAGCUGCCCUUAUCUGAUUACGGACGCUUUUGUGGAGUUGGACGGAAAGCGAUAUCACCGCGAUUGCAUCAAGUGUGUCGAUUGCGGCGUGUCCCUCGCCGACAGCAAGUACAGCCUUGAGCCACGCGGCAUCGUGUGCGAGAGCUGUUGGGCUUCCUCCUCUGGCAUGCUCUGUGCUGGCUGCAAUCAGCUCAUUCUUCCGGAUGGAAACGGGCAGGCCCCUUACUACUCGCUGGCUGAGCGCAACUACCAUGCUGCCUGUGUCAAGUGUGCCACAUGCGGCGUGGCCUUUGGCGAGAAUGUCAGCGGCCCCUAUGUGCUCAAUGGGGAGCUGUACUGCAAGACUCACGCAACCGAAGUCAAGCGAGGUCUCAACUCAGGUGGAAGCCAGCGUCCCUCCAUGGAUCGUGGCAUCAAGGACGAGGACGAGCAGCGAAAGAUCAACUCAAUUCUUUCAGCAAGCAAGACGGGAUGGCGCUAAUUGUUGCAAGGACCACAAGUCAAGUUUGCUCUUGACAGUAUUCCGUGUUUGUACUUCACGGGAGAUCAGCUGUGGCAAAUGCAGCUGUGCUUGUAAAAUGUGUUAAUUGCGUGCAUGAGAUGUCUGGCCAAAAGUGAAUGGACGUGGCCUCAGUGUGUACUUGGGGGGGUUUUUUUUUUGUCUAAUUGUCCGUUUGGGAUAUUUGUGGGAUAUUUGUGACAUGUCAAUAAUCAUAACCAAUAAAUGUCUCAAUCCAGGUGCGAGCAGCG